CUCUGUACAUUCAGCCUACACGUCUUAAAUGGGCAAUGCAGAAUAAGAUAUAAUGAUGCAACAUUCAUCAUAUCUCUCCAUGUUUGUGUUGGUGUCUUUCUUUCAGACCCUGCGCUUAAUCGAGACUGUCCCCUUGACUGCAAGGUUUACGUUGGAAAUCUAGGAAACAAUGGAAACAAGACAGAGUUAGAAAGAGCUUUUGGGUACUAUGGUCCUUUAAGAAGUGUUUGGGUUGCGAGGAAUCCCCCAGGCUUUGCUUUUGUAGAGUUUGAAGACCCCAGAGAUGCAGCGGAUGCUGUGAGAGAACUGGAUGGAAGAACCAUGUGUGGCUGUCGUGUGCGUGUCGAGUUAUCCACUGGAGAAAAACGCUCUAGGAGCCGUGGCCCUCCUCCAUCCUGGAAUAGACGCCCUCGCGAAGAUGUUAGGCGACGUAGUCCUCCAGGCAGACGCAGAUCACCGAAGAGAGGAGCCUCAGCCGCAGUCGUAGCAGGUCUGUAUCAAGAGACAGACGCAGAUAUCGGUCUCUCUCCAGAGAAAAGACCCGAAAGCGCUCAAGAUCCAUCUCACAGUCAAGGAGUCGUUCCCA